AGCAUGCGUGCAUCGUUCUCAGAUCGAAAGCUUACUUGGAAUUUAUUCAGAUUUUAAUUGAUAAUGUUGACGAAACGAUUGGUAUUCGCAUGUAAUAAAGAACUGCACAAGCGUUCAUGCUUCCCGAAUAACGCAUUCGCACAAGUUGUACGUAGUUACAGUGUGGAGCAUGAGAAUCGACAGUUAGAGUGGCGAAAGAAGGAACUCGAUGCGGUAACGUCCAAACUCGGAGAUGACCCAGAAAAGCCUAAGAAAAUCUUCUGGUUUCCCACUGCCGCUUCCAAAGAGACCGACUUCUCUUUUGGUAAUAUCUCGAAGUGGUUGAAGCAUAACAAGGUCGAGUACAUCAAGUUCUCUCAGCGAUUCCAACCGAUGAGACACGAGGUAUUAGGCGCUAAUCUGGCCACCGCUUAUUUCAUCGUCCAUCGUGAUGGCCGAGUCAGAUUCAAAGGUAGCACUUCCUGGAUAGAUCAAGACAAGAAGGGCUCGUACGAGUUACCUAAGCAUCACGAUCCAAGCUACAUCCUUGAAGCGGUAGACGUCAAUGGGUUUGAUCUGUAUUACGAAGGCCUAAGUAACAUAUGUGGUCUUACGAAGCUCAAGUGGCUCAGUCUCAAGGACUGUAAGAACAUCGACGACUGGGGCUUGGACAAGAUCUCAGCUGAGUUCCCUGAACUGGAAUAUCUGGACAUCUCUGGUUGCGAGAAGAUCACUGAAAGAGGCCUGGAAUCUUUGUACAGAAUGAUCACUUUGAAGAAACUGAUUGUAACAAAUCAUAAUAAGUCUGUCGCUUUUGAGCUAAGUUGCCUUAUGUUGGAGGACUGCAUACCAGAAUUGACCUGUGAAAUUCUUAUACCUGGAGAAAAAUCUAAAGACUAA